UGCAUUUUGUACUUCGUCUGUGUUUGUGCUUUUUGUUUGUAUAUUUUCGGUCUCUGCUGAGAACGAGCCGGUUUGUUCCAAAUUUUCAUAUGAGGAACAACUAUUAGGGAAAAUGCUACAAGUUGAAGCUAAAAUGGAACAAUGGGACAAAGAGCUAAAACAAUUUGAGGAAACUAUACUGUCUGUCUUGGAAUAUCGCGGACAGGAAAUGAGAAAAUCGAUUAAUAAGCAGAAUAAAAAACUGGAAAUAUUUACAGAAGAAUAUAAUACAGUACAGGCCGCUUUGGAAAAUCUGACAGCAGAGGUUACCCCGAUUAUUGCAUUUAAUGCAUAUCUAAACACUAGCGGGAGCUAUCCUGUCGGGCAGAUCGUCGUGUUUCCUCAUGUUAUUUUAAAUGAAGGAGAUGGGUAUAACUCGACAACUGGAUAUUUUACGGCUCCUGUCGCCGGCCUGUAUCACUUCACAGCACACGUAUGUAACCUCCACGACCAAUAUAUGGUCUUCUCCAUCGUGAAAGGCAACACUACAAUAGCGCUUAGUGCAGUAUAUGAAAACUCUAGCGUCACUUGUGGUUCAGUUAGUGCACCGACUCCAAUGGAAGUUGGAGAAAAAGUCUGCGUACAGUCACCGUAUGCCGACAGCAGUUUGUUUACUAACUUAUACAGAUGGCCAUCGUUCAUGGGUGUUUUAGUGAAAAGGAGCAGACGAAACGAGUGAAGCAAAAUAAACAACGCACAUUGUAUUCAUGUUAUUAAACAAGAGAUUAUUCGUACCUGUAUGCAUACAAUGUGCAGUAAUGCAAAAACAAAAUGUAAAUUAAGUUUCCAUUCCCCAAAACUCUUUCCUUUUAUUUAACUCUUGAAUCGUUUAUUUCUUUAACAGUUUUGUAUAUUUUAAUUGAGAGAAGUGUUAUGGUAUUUUAACGUCGUAGAAUGGCAAAUCAGAGUGCCAAAAUAGGUUAUUAUCUAAAGUGGCUCAACAAUCGUCCAGUUUACAGGAAAACGUCGUUCAAUUCCUUGGGGUGAGCGAUUUUAAAUAUCUGUAUGUUUUGUUUUAAACAUAAAUUAAAGUAAAGAACUCCUAAUGACAAUCGGCAAUUUACGUUCGAAUACGCUUGUUUUCAUUUGUGAUUUCGGUUGAGAUGAAAACCGUUCCUCGUUCAAACUACUUUUAUGGCGGAAGAAUAUCGAAAUAUCAGACGAAAAUACGUAAUCAAACGGAAAAUGCCGAUUGUCAUUACGAGUCCACUGCCUUAUUGAUUUUAUUAAGUUUGAAAUAGAUAAAAUGUUUAUUCAGUAUAGUUUCUGUUAGCAAAAACGUCUCUUCCAAGGGAGAUAACCUCGUAAGGCCGACAAACUCUGUACGAAAAACACAUUUUAGCCCCACAUGAAGUGUUGUGCGUGGAAAUACUUGGCAACAAUACGGACGUUGAAUAAAGGAAUGACUUAAAUAGAAUUAGGGAUGGGGUGGAGAUUUCCCCUAGUAGUCUUGUAUUUUGAGGGUCUGUACUCCAAAAGCUCUUCUCUCUUACAAAAGAGUCACCAUUUAAUGUUUGAUUACUGGGGCACUUGUUAAGAUACUGCAAAAUUUCUAACUGUGCCAUUAAACACAGAAUAAUUAAACUACCUGGCACUAGCGAUCUUGAACUUUGUGGCAACUGACUGCAAAGAUAAAAGAAGUUUACUUAGGAUUUUUUACCUGAAAAGAAUGCCGAUGUCACGAAAAGCAUCAUAGCCAAUAUGAUUCUUCGAACAAUCUCAAAUAUAUAUUGACGAUACAUAAAAUAAAACUAGAGUCAGCACUGAAAUUUGAUACCAAGUGCAUGUGAAAUGACUUAAGUCCUGUGUGCAGUUUUGUGACUCCAAACAAUUUUUUUCUAACACACACUUUCCAGAAAACUUGCAAAUCCGAUUGCGUUCAUAUGAAGAAUAAAACCUUACAGAACAUGUAUGCUGUAUAGUAGACAAAUAGCUCUGCUUUAUAGUCGUACGGUAUCAGGUUAAACAUUUUUAUAUGCCCUUCAUGAAGGACUACAUGUUGUGGCGAGGGAGCGGUAAUUGUCCAUAACAACCGUCCACUUACUAACGUAUGCACUUCUUAUACAAUUGUAUCAAUCUGUGUUAGAAUGUUAACGGGUUUCAAGUCUUGGUCAAGUCUGACGAAUAGUGUCUUUUGAAUACUGGCCCGUGAUAAACACUCAAUUGGACAAAUAGACUAUAGUGCCCGCUAAAUUGAUAUUUUACAUUACAUUACCAAGUUUAUACAAAAUGUGCAUCUUAAUAAAAAUCAUGUCUGAGUCAGCUAGAUCGAAUCAGCGUCUCCAGAAUUCUGGUUCUUGAAUUAGUCUUGACUGCAAAAGGUGGAAGUGUCCGCUGAAUUAAUUGACGUUUAUUUCUUAUCACUAGACUUACUGUAAUGUUUAUCUUUAACUAUUUUUUUUUUA